UUUGCUCCUGUCCACCAACAAGCGCACAUUGUUUGCUGGCGAUCAUCGGUCGGGAUCGUAAAGGAUGUGAAAUGUGCGAUCGACCAUCGCUGUAGUGGCUAACAUCUCGCCAAGUGACCCGAGAUCUGUUAGCGCGGAACGCAACUACGUUGCGGCAUAAUUGUCACCCAAAAUCGGAUGUUCGUGCUGUUCAAGUGACCAUCGCAAAAGGAACCAAUUACUAAUGAAAUCAAAGUAGAACACAAGAGAGAAGAAGUGACCCCUUACAGGCAUAUCCGUUGUUAUAUCCUAGGGUGGUGGUGUUACUUUCAAGACUGCGUUACUACGAGAAGAGGAAAACAGAAGAUGGACAAACCGUCGCGUCCUGUGCGAAAUCGUAAGCGUAGUAGGAAAGCAUGGCCACCGGGUGACACACAUGGGCGGCCGGUCAAGAGGUUGUUCACGCCGGAGAUUAAGCGACUACUAAAGGAUUGGUUGGUUCGGCGGCGCGAUAAUCCGUACCCGAACCGGGAGGAAAAGAAACUGCUGGCAAUCGAAACGGGCCUCACGUACACGCAGAUCUGCAACUGGUUCGCGAACUGGCGCCGAAAGCUCAAAAAUUCCGGCAACGAUCCACUGCGAAAGACCUGGGGCAACCUGAUCCGCCAUUACAACACGAACGCCCGGGGCAAUGUGGAGCAGUUUAGCAUUUGUUCGAGUGACAGCAUUUGGAGUGGUGCCGAUGGGGAGGAUUCGAAUGAUUCGCGCCACACAUCACCUGCAUCCGCCCGGAAUGGGCGACCGGAGCACGUGGUAAUGCUUCACGCCACCGCUAGGCAGCAUGGAGCUCACGGGGCGUGUAGGAUGCCCUUCUCAUACGUCAAGUACAGCAGUCCACCGGCCAGUGCGGAUCCUUACGAUGAGAUGGGGUACAAUGAAAUGCAUCCACAUCCACGCCACAACAAGAAUAGCGCAUCAUUUCGAAGCAAAAAUGGACGAAAGUGUGCGGAGUAUGUCAGAAGGUUCCCGCCGGAAUACAGUACCAGUCCAACGACGAGCAGCACCAGCGUAUGCCAUGGUCAGCUAGAUGAAAGUCCGUCUUCAUACGAAGAUGUGCGGCCAACGUGCUGCUUCGAUCACUGCUACACCCCACGGAACUACGAGACCGUGUUCGGCAUACCGGAAGAUACCAGGUGCUACAAGAUCGAAGCAGGCCACAAAUAUAUACCGGAUGGUAGCCAUGCGACACUCGAGCCCCUCAUCCUCACUGCCAAACCGUCCGGAUUUGGGCGAUUCGAACAUGGCAAUGAGCGAACGGGGCUUAUGGGAACAACAACAGCCACCCUGUUUCUUGCCCAGUCUCCCCAUCUUUCUCCGACGACGACCGGUGCAACAUUGCCGGUACCAGCGCAGAACCGUUCGAGCAAGUACAAGAGCAGCAUGAUGGAAAAGUAUCUACGGGAUCUAAGUGAGCUGGAAGCGGAUCACAGCAGACAGCCGGUGAUCAUGGCAACCAUUCCGUUCCAGCGGAGCUACCAAAAUCACCAUCACCAUCUGUGCCAUCGCGGAUCGGUGGAUGAGGAACCGGACCACGAUGCUACCGAUCCGUACCGAGCGGAACCGGCGCUCGUUCACGCCAUAAUGGACUCUGCCGAUCGACUAAGCUGUGAUACGGGUGUCCUCGAUGCACCACCACCUUCACUGUCCAAGUGGCUAGAAAGUGCGGCCAAGUUUACCCCCGCGAAGCACAACUACAUCGGCGGUGAUUGGGAAAAGUCUGGGAAACAAUCGACGGCAAAAAAACGUUGUGAUUCCGGGGGACUGUAUGGGUCCCUUUCGGGCCAUCCGGGACAAGGAACGAAUGGAAUCUCACUAGAUAAUGCACUCGGAUCGGAUGGUAGUGUAACGCUUACCCAUCAGAAGGACGAGAUCGAUGCAGCCGAAGCGUUGACACGUUUAGCGAACAAUUUUCGGACGAAAUUCUCCAGCUAACA